UUAGUUCAAAGGCCUAUAUAUAUACACUUGUGAGUAGCUUUAACCAAAGCAAGCCCAUACCAUUUACAGCUCUUUGUGGAGUGGGAUUCGCGCUUUUCCUGAAGCAUCAAUGGCUGUUUUCUUGGUGAUUCUUGGGGUUAUUCUGUUUUUGCUCUGUUUCUCCUCUGCUUUGUUGAAAUGGAAUGAAGUUAGAUACAGGAAGAAAGGUUUGCCUCCUGGUACUAUGGGUUGGCCAGUUUUUGGAGAGACUACUGAGUUUUUAAAGCAAGGUCCAAACUUCAUGAAAAACCAAAGAGCAAGGUAUGGCAGUUUAUUCAAAUCCCAUAUUCUUGGGUGCCCUACAAUUGUUUCCAUGGAUCCGGAGCUGAAUAGAUACAUUUUGAUGAAUGAAGCUAAAGGGCUUGUUCCUGGUUACCCUCAAUCCAUGCUUGAUAUCUUAGGCAAAUGCAAUAUUGCAGCAGUUCAUGGCUCCACUCACAAGUACAUGAGAGGAGCUGUCCUUGGCCUCAUUAGCCCUAGCAUGAUUAGAGAACAUCUUUUGCCUAAAAUUGAUCAAUUUAUGAGAACCCAUCUCAGCAAUUGGGAUAACAAAAUUAUUGAUAUUCAACACAAAACCAAAGAGAUGGCACUUCUUUCCUCACUUAAACAAAUUGCAGGCUCUGAUUCUAGUUCCAUAAAUCAAGCCUUUAUGCCUGAAUUCUUCAAGCUAGUUUUAGGCACUCUCUCAUUGCCAAUUGAUCUUCCUGGAACUAAUUAUCGUCGCGGUUUUCAGGCUAGGAAAAAUAUUGUGACCUUGUUGAGACAACUGAUAGAAGAGAGAAGGUUAUCCAAAGAAAGUCACAAGGACAUGCUUGGUUGCCUUAUGAAAAGUGAAGAAAAUAGAUAUAAAUUAACUGAUGAAGAAAUAAUUGAUCAAAUAAUCACCAUUUUGUACUCUGGUUACGAAACGGUUUCGACUACUUCAAUGAUGGCUGUCAAGUAUUUACAUGAUCAUCCUGCAGUUCUUCAAGAACUUAGAAACGAGCAUUUAGCAAUUAGAGAAAGGAAAAAACCUGAGGAUCCAAUAGACUUAAACGACCUUAAAUCUAUGCGUUUUACUCGGGCGGUGAUUUUUGAAACCUCAAGAUUGGCUACAAUUGUUAAUGGGGUUUUGAGGAAGACAACUGAGGAAAUGGAACUAAAUGGAUUUGUGAUUCCAAAAGGAUGGAGAAUCUAUGUUUAUACUAGGGAAAUAAAUUAUGAUCCCUAUUUAUAUUCAGAUCCAUUAUCCUUCAAUCCAUGGAGAUGGAUGGAUAAGAGCUUGGAGUCUCAAAACUAUCUUUUCAUUUUUGGAGGAGGGACUAGGCAGUGUCCAGGGAAGGAGCUAGGAAUAGCAGAGAUUUCUACUUUCCUUCACUAUUUUGUAACUAGAUACAGAUGGGAAGAAGUUGGGGGAGACAACCUAAUGAAAUUUCCAAGAGUUGAAGCACCAAAUGGGUUACACAUUAGGGUUUCAUCUUACUAAACUAACCUAUGAAUGUACAUAAAAUAUAGCUUUAGCAUAUCAAAAGGGUUAAGGAUGUACAAUGAUCUUCUAACAGAUUAGAAAGUGAGUGGCAAUUUAACAUUUCCAAUUUUUGGCUUUU